AUGAAGGAAUGGGCACCCGGACCAGGCCUCUACUCUAACCGCGUCGUUUCAUUGACCAAUGCAUCUCAAGCCUUUCUCAAGAGAAUUGGUGCAUGGAGCUAUGUCGAAGAAGCCAGGACGACUGGAGUCUGGGAUGGCGUUUCGGACGCUCGAAUAACCUUCUCCGCCUCCGACAUUGGUUUGGAUAACCCAGUCGAUGGCAUGUCCCGCUUAACGGAGAAUUUCAAUCUUCAACGAGGUCUCCUCCGUCAUUUGAGCACCCUCUCCUCUCGCGUCCAGCUCCUCGAACGAACCAAAGUCCAGUCCAUCCAAAGGACAUCAACUGAGAAUUCAAGUUGGCCUCUGGUUCAUCUUGACAAUGGAAAAAUCCUUCGUUCUCGACUUUUAGUCGGAGCGGACGGCUUCAACUCGCCAGUCCGAACAUUCGCAGGAAUUCAGUCCUUCGGCUGGUCCUAUGACACUCAGGCCAUCGUCGCAACAAUGGAACACGAACCGCGAGGGGCAUUCGAACCUCCCAACACAACAGCCUACCAGCGCUUCUUGCCCACAGGUCCAAUCGCCUUCCUGCCUCUCUCGCCCACCGUAUCUUCCCUGGUUUGGUCAACUAGACCCCACAUCGCCAAGGCCCUGCUCUCAUGCGAACCUGACGUUCUAGCAAGCAUGAUCAACGCCGCUUUCCGCCUUCCUUCCCUCUCACUCAAAUAUCUAUAUGAGAGGAUAUUGGAAGCACAUAACGCCAAUACGCACAUCACACUCCCGCAAAUCCAGGAGGAAAUCUUGUUCAGGGAGAAGUCCCACCAGAUUGACCAGCAUUCAGCAUACACGUCCGUCGUGGCUGCUCCCCGCGGAGGCAUCGCUCCAGAAGGCUCCGAAGCCGUUCCUCCUUUCGUUCGGUCUCUUCAAGCUGGAUCGGUGGCCUCUUUCCCUCUGCGGUUCAUGCACGCCGACUCUUACAUUGGGGAGGGGAAAGGGGAGAGAACUGUGUUAAUCGGCGAUGCCGCUCACACCAUCCAUCCGUUGGCCGGACAGGGCUUGAACUUGGGGCUCGGUGAUGUCGAAUGCCUGGCAAAGUCCAUCGAGAACGCAGCCUCUCGCGGUGGAGAUAUCGGUUCAUACACCGCCCUCCUGCCUUACGCUCAACAACGCUACCUCGAGAAUCACGUCCUGAUGGCCGCCAAUGACAAACUCCACAAGAUCUACUCGACAGAGCUCGAACCUAUCGUUUGGGCCCGCUCGGUUGGACUUGAAGUCGUCAACGAGCUCGAUUCCUUGAAGGCUGCGUUGAUGAUUUCUGCAGGUGCCAAACCUCGUCACGAAUCCUAUUCUGCCGUCUGGGAGACUGCUGCGAAAGUCAUCCCGAACGUCUCUACCGUCUUUGAAAUCUCGAGAAAGGUCGUUCCCACUAUUGGAGGUGCUCUGCUCGCUGGAGCCUCCAAUCUCCUCUUGCAAGCUCAGAAAGAUGUGAACAAAAAGUAG